AUGUACGGCCGACCGCAGGCUGAGAUGGAACAGGAGGCUGGGGAGCUGAGCCGGUGGCAGGCAGCGCACCAAGCUGCCCAGGAUAACGAGAGCUCAGCGCCCAUCUUGAACAUGUCUUCAUCUUCUGGAAGCUCUGGAGUGCACACCUCUUGGAACCAAGGCCUACCAAGCAUGCAGCACUUUCCUCACAGCGCAGAGAUGCUGGGGUCCCCUUUGGUGUCUGUUGAGGCACCGGGGCAGAAUGUGGAUGAAGGGGGGCCACAGUUCAGUAUGCCACUGCCUGAGCGUGGUAUGAGCUACUGCCCCCAAGCGACUCUCACUCCUUCCCAGAUGACUUACUGUCAGAGAGUGUCUCCCCCUCAGCAAGAGAUGAUUUUCAGUGGGCCCCAACUAAUGCCCAUAGGAGAGCCCAAUAUUCCAAGGGUGGCCAGGCCCUUCAGUGAGAAUCUAAGGAUGCCCCCCAAUGGGCUGCCAGUCUCGGCUUGCACUGGAAUCCCAAUGAUGUCCCACACUGGGACCCCUCCAAUGCCUUACCCUGGCCUCUCGACAGUACCUUCUGACGAAACGUUGUUGGGCCCGACUGUGCCUUCCACUGAGGCCCAGGCAGUGCUCCCCUCCAUGGCUCAGAAGUUGCCCCCACAAGAUGCCCAUGACCUUGGGAUGCCCCUAGCUGAGUCCCAGUCAUUGCUGGUUUUAGGAUCUCAGGCCUCUCUUGUCAGUCAGCCAGACUCUCAAGAAGGCCCAUUUCUACCGGAGCAGCCCGGACCUGCUCCACAGACAGCAGAGAAGAACUCCAGGCCUCAGGAAAGGACUGGUAGAGGGGGCUCCUCAGAGGCAAGGCCUUACUGCUGCGACUACGAGAACUGCGGAAAAGCUUAUACCAAACGCUCCCAUCUCGUGAGCCACCAGCGCAAGCACACAGGUGAGAGGCCGUAUUCUUGCAACUGGGAAAGUUGUUCAUGGUCUUUCUUCCGUUCUGAUGAGCUUAGAAGACAUAUGCGAGUACACACCAGAUAUCGACCAUAUAAAUGUGAUCAGUGCAGCCGGGAGUUCAUGAGGUCUGACCAUCUCAAGCAACACCAGAAAACUCAUCGGCCGGCACCCUCAGACCCACAGGCCCACGAGGGAGAGCAGGACAGUCCUCCUGCUGCUGGUCCUUAG